UCUAGGAUUCAGAUCACACUAGAAUAAAUUAUUUUAUACCAUGCAGUUGAAUUAAACAUACCACAUAAACCACCACAUAACAAUGUAAACUACCACACUUAAAACCAUAACUGAACAAAAUUACGGGGCCAGUAAGCCUAAACCAUACAAAACAAGCUCGGCAGCAAGCAUGGACACCAAAAAAGCUAUUUAGUAGAACUGCAAUGAAGCUUAUUUAUAAUGCAAUUAAAUGUGUAGACAUCAAGUUAUAAGCUGAAUGACAUGGCUGCUUGAGCAACAAAUAUUAUGCUUUUGCAUAACUUAAAUGGAUACAUCUUAAUAUUCUAACGGAAUAUGUUUUCCUGCAAUGUAUAUUAACUCUGUUAAUAACGGCACAUUUACAGAAUACAAGCGUCAGUGAGACAGACAUAUAGACCAAAUAACUUCAAUAGCUAACUAUUCGUUUUUUAAAUGAGAUAUCAAACACAAAUUUCGAACAGGCUCUACACAGACGACACACGAGACGGAAAAUUAAGAUUUAAAGAAGGUCAGCCCAACGUACUCAUUGCAGCUGCGCAACUGUGUGGUAAACACGAGCAUAUAAUAGAAGCGCGUUAGCCCACAUUUUCGCUUUGUGCACGCCCAGCAAUAUGAUCCAGGUUUUAAUUGAAAAGGAAAGGAAUGAACUUGUUCCACUGCUCUGACAUAUAGGCUAUGUGAUUUUUCACUUCCUGAAAGUGUCAGCGUUUCUUUUAUUUUUUGUUUGUACCAUUGGGUUUGGACCAGUAUUGCUAACUGUAUCCAUUCGUCUAAAUGUGCGAUGACAGUAACAUUCUGAAUCUGUGAUUACAGCCUCCACCGGUUACAAAUUUAGACUGCAGGCAUCAUUUAUUUUAUGUUAUAGGGAAACAAACUCCCGAUGAUCAUCAGAACAUUAAGGUCUGAAAUAUGGCAGUGAAGUCGUGUAUCGUCCGGUGAAACAUGCUCAACGGUAUUCUAAUUGUAUCGACAAUGAAUCCAUUUUAGGCCAUCUAUAACCGGAACCUUCGAAGAAGGUGCAACCUCAACAGGUUUUUACGAUCUGUUUAUAAAGUCCUUCUAUAUAGGCGUGGAAAACUGGUGCGUAGUGUUUGAUCGUCGAUUUAGUAAUGUAUACGCCCGCCGCUGACGCCGUGGCCGGAUAUUCCAGUGGCAAUAUGGCAGAUAAGGAUACUAGCCAGGAGACAACGCUUGGGAGUGCCUACUCGCCAGUCGAUUAUAUGAGCAUCACCAGCUUCCCUCGCCUUCCAGAGGACGAUGGUUUGUCGGGGGAGAAUACGGUGAAAUCCCGCAAAGACGACGACAACUUUCUGAGCGAACAAGACACAGACCCUGACCUUUUUCUGAAGUCGGCCCGACUUCAGCGGCUUCCCUCUUCAGCUUCAGACCUAGCCAGUCAUGAUGCCACACCCCUGAGGGAGACCCAUCGCGAUCCCCUAGCUGAAGACUGCAGCUGUCGGCAGGACGGCCUCACAAUCAUCAUCACUGCCUGUCUCACGUUUGCAACAGGGGUCACUGUUGCCCUAGUCAUGCAGAUCUACUUUGGAGACCCACAGAUCUUCAGUCAGGGAGCUGUGGUGACAGAUGUAGCACACUGCACCUCUCUUGGGUUUGAGGUCCUGAGUAAGCAGGGCUCUUCUGCAGAUGCUGCCAUUGUUGCUGCCCUCUGUCUGGGCAUCAUUCACCCGCACACGUCUGGCAUUGGGGGUGGAGGUGUAAUGCUGGUUCAUGAUAUACGAAAGAAUGAGAGCCGGGUGAUUGACUUCCGUGAAACAGCACCCUCUGCCAUCCAUGAGGACAUGUUGCAGUUCAACCUGGAGCAUAAGCCCGGCCUGCUAGUAGGUGUCCCAGGCAUGCUCAGUGGGUUGCACCAGGCCCAUCAGCUCUAUGGAAGAAUGCCAUGGAAUGAGGUGGUUACUAUGGCUGCAGAUGUCGCCAGAAAUGGAUUUAAUGUUACCCAUGAUCUGGCUGAGGCCUUGUCCAAAGUGAAGGAUCAGAAUAUUUCAGAAAAUUUCAGGGAUUUGUUUCUUCCUGAUGGACAGCCUCCUCUUUCUGGCUUGUUCACAAGACGCCUUGAUCUGGCAGCCAUCCUGGACACAAUCGCAGUCAGCGGGAUUUCUGAGUUCUACAAUGGCAACUUGACCCAGGAAAUGGCAGCAGAGGUGCGAGCUGCAGGGGGAGUUCUCACUGAAGAGGAUUUCAGUAACUACAGCACUGUUUUACAGCAGCCAGUGGAGGGCCUAUAUCAGGGUAAUCAAAUUUUGGCAGCACCCGCCCCUCAUUCUGGGGCGGCACUGAUUGCAGCCCUCAACAUCCUGGAGGGCUUCAACAUCAGCAGCCAGGUCCUAAGGAACAGUACCUACCACUUAAUGGCUGAGGCUCUGAAAAUUGCGCUAGCAAUGGCCAGUGGCUUGGGUGACCCCAUGUUUGACUCCUCUGUCUCUGAGUCAGUAGCUCAGAUGUUGAGUAAGUCCCAGGCUGCUUUGUUUCGUCAAAUGAUCAACGACUCCCUGGCCUCCCCUCCUGGACAUUACACCCCUUUCUAUGCCCUGGAGAAAGGGGCAGUUGCAGGCCAGGUGAUGGUCAUGGGUCCAGACGACUUCAUUGUAUCUGUCAUGAGCUCCCUGAACCAGCCUUUUGGAAGUGGAAUUGUGACCUCCUCUGGGAUUCUCCUAAACAGCCAGAUACUAGACUUCUCCUGGCCAAACAAAACUCGGAGUCCAACCCCACCCAACCCACGGAACAGUGUUCAGCCAGGGAAGAGGCCCCUGUCCUUUCUUUUGCCUACAGUAGUGAGGCCAUCAUCAGGCUUCUGUGGCACCUACAUGGCCCUGGGUUCUUCCAAUGGAGACCGUGCUCUUAGUGGCAUUUCCCAGGUGGUAAUGAAUGUCUUAUCAUUCCGCAAAAACCUAAGUGACAGUCUCUCGUAUGGAAGGCUUCACCCUCAACUUCAGCCCAACAACCUUCUAGUGGACUCUGAGUUCCUUGAAGAGGACAUAGAGGUCCUGCAGCUGAAGGGGCAUGAGGUGCAGAAGGUGGAUGUUCUCUCUCUGGUGGAGGGGACAAGAAGGACCAAUGACCUGAUUAUUGGGGUGAAGGACCCUCGCAGUGCAGAUGCCUCAGCUAUGACCAUGUCCAUGCCCUGACUGCUGCAGGGUCAGAGGAGUGGCUUGAGGAGUGGGGAGAUGGGGGGUUGGUCCAAGCAGCUAAGUCAAUUUGCCUUUGCAGAGCUGGCAUGAGGAAAAGGUAUAUGUUGUCAGCCGUCUUGUGUAGUCCUAGGCUCACUGUAAAUAGGCACUGAAAAAGCUAUGCUGUCCCCGUGGGGAAACGGUCAGAAACAAACCCCGCCAUCCUGCAUGUGCACUCUCAUGAUACAGUCACCUCUAGCUGUCACUCCGAGACACCAACACCCCAUCCUGAUCUGAGCCGAAUCAUAUACAUGACUCUAAAGUCAUUUUUAUCCCAUUCUGAAUGGAAGAUGCAUGUGAGUGAAUAAUAUACAGCUAGUACCAUAAUGGCUGGAACACUGGAAGUAGGGAAGCCACAUCUACACAUAUCCACAGGUCUGUCCAUUUUGAUAACUUCGUGAAUUUACUCACUGUGUGAAAUUGUUUUGACCAAAUUGUGAGUUGCUUGAAAAGUACAGUCCUUGCUAUUUUAGUAGCAAACUAUGGCUGUUGGGUACCAGUUUAAUGUGUUGAGUUUUAAGUUUGCUGAAACAUGAAGACAAGAGCGUUCCUUUUGUAAUAUACAGCUUCCUCCUCACAUUGAAUGUUAUUUGUCUAAACUUGUUGAUCAACAGCAAUAUUUGGCAGGAAGAGUUGUUGAGUUGUUGAUUUUUAGGCUGCAUUUGUGGUCUUUUGAAAGGGAGUUUUCUUGAAUGUAUGAUGAAAGACUGAUGGAGCAUAAAGUUAUUUCAUGCAAACGGAGGUGUUCCUGCAAUGUUGUAUUUUUGUCUAUUUAAUUGAUAAAUGUACCUUAUGUUCUUGUACUUUUGUCAUUUGCACUAUUAAAGCCAAUCAGUUUGCUUGAGGCAACACAGAAUUUACAGAUUGAACAUAGAAUUGUCAAUGCACUUGUUAUUUUUUCCAUUUUAAAUUUAUUUAUUUGUACUUGGAACUUUUAUCUGAGGCAAAUACCAUAUCUGCAUUUAUGGUGAAGUCUAAACAGGUAAUUUAGCUUAGUUUAGUUUUUAGGGGAAUAUCACAUUACCUUUCCCUUGGGAUCAAGUACUUUUUUUGUUGUUGGUUUUUUAUUCUUAUAGAACGUUCUCAAAGUAAUGGAUUGAAAAUGUGUGCCUAAAAUAAAGGUAUGCUUUUGAUUGAUACUAAGAUAGAAACUUAGUCAGUCUGUUGGUUUAUUCCUCUUUAGGCAGACCCACUCAACACAUUUCCUGUGUUGUGAGAUUUGCAUUAAUAAUAUGCUUUCUAUAAAAGCUUAUUUUAUAUGUGAAUUAAAUGGUCACAGCAUGCCUUGACAAAUUGCAUUCAAAUUUCAACUGUUGCCAUCUUUUACUGUGGUUUAAAUGGCCCUGAUUUUGCUUGUUAAUACAGCCUACUCUACUCCUUGUCCAACAAACAAGUAUUUGUGCAACCUAUCCAUGGCACAAAUGGCUUCUGUGUGCAAUACCUGCAUGUGGUGAUGUUAUACUUUUGGUGUGAUGAAGUUUAAAGGUUCUACAGAAAUAUGUUUACCCUUAUAAACUCAUUUCUUAUUCCUUAGAUUAUGAUGAGCCUGUCUCAAAAGGUUUUAUUUCUAUGAAACCACACACAUUAACAUAUUUUUCUUUGUGAAUAUUAUAUUAGACUAAUUCGUUUGAGGGAAUUAAGGGAAGUAAUUUAGGGCACUUGUGUACAUUUUAAUGGUUUCAGUGACUGCUGCCCAUCAAGUUGAUUUUUUUUUUCUAAAUGCACAUUAGGUUAUUGGGAUACUUGUAAUUACUGUGGAGUUUGUUGCAAAAAAGUUGUAAAGCUCAGAAAUGGAAGAAACUGAAGAAAUUUGAUUUUCUAUCCAGAUACCAAAGUCAGGAGAAAGUCUUUAAAUUUAUUUUUGUUCUUUAAAAUUCAGAGGUCUUUAUCCACUGAUCUUUAUUCCUCCAUCUGUCUGAUAUACUCUUAUUCUCCAGUUUGUAUGUCAUGGGCCACUGGCUUUCACUGUUGAAUUUUUAGAUUCAUUUCUUUUAAUGGUUGCUUUUUGGAAGUCAUAAUGAAGAGAUAUGGCAUAAAGAGCAUGAUCUGAAAAAAGAAAUGAUGCUCAUUGCUUUAAAUAGGGGGGUAACCUGACAUGAAUUAUGAUGCAUACUGAAUUAUGUAAUGCGCACUUUAUCAUUUUGGCUGAUGUAUGCUUAUUUAAUGCCACAUUUGAUUGAGUGCACCUUCAAUGUGUAAAUUAAAAUAAUUUCAUCCUAUUGAAAAGCAGACACUAAUGCAUUUGCCUUUAUGUAAUGUGUACUAGAUUCAUAUUUUAAUGUUAAUACAAUGGAUAUUGUUUAUUGAACUUGUGCUCAGUUGUUUUUUAUAAUAAAGAGGUGGAAAACUUCAAAUUGA